AUGGAUCCGGAAGCGUUUUUGGACAUCGCCAACCAGGUGGUGAAGCUGAAGAUGUUUCCGUACUUCGAUAUAGCGCAUUGCACGCUGUGCGCUCUUUCGGUGAGGGAAGACCUUGGAACUGGAGCUCAAGCAUUCUCAAGAAAGCACCCUUUAGCAUGCUGGUUAUCCUAUAUGUUGGUGGUAUUUGCAGGGGGUAUGGUAGCCAACGGACUCCUUGCAGAACCUAUUUUAGCCCCAUUGAAAAACACUCCACAAAUUCUGGUUGCUACACUUGUAUGGUAUGUGGUGUUCUAUACACCUAUGGACUUAGGGUAUAAACUGGCGAAAUUUCUACCUGUCAAAAUCAUAUUUUCUGCAAUGAAAGAAAUUUACAGAUGUAAAAAGGUAUACGAUGGUGUAACCCAUGCUGCAAAACUCUAUCCCAACGCAUAUCUAAUCAUGGUCAUCAUCGGAACUCUCAAAGGCAACGGUGCCGGAUUCACCAGGCUCAUGGAAAGACUCAUUCGGGGCGUUUGGACUCCAACAGCCAUGGAGUUCAUGCAGCCAAGUUUCUACACAAAGGCAUCUUUAGUGGCCUCCGUUAUUUUCAUUUUGGACAAGAAGACGGAAUUGAUCUCAGCUCCACACGCCUUGGUCUACUUCGGCAUCGUGAUAUUUUUCGUCUACUUCAAACUAUCCUCAAUCAUCCUUGGCAUCCACGAUCCUUUCAUUCCUUUCGAGAACUUGAUGUGCGCACUCUUCUUUGGUGGCAUCUGGGACAGUCUCGCUAAAAUUUUUGGAAAGGGACAGAUGAAGGAAGGGGAAGUUAAGGAUGUAAAGAAGACAAAUUGAAAGCUUGCUGAUCGUUGAAUUUGAUAAAAGUGCGGUUUAUCAAAUUUAUCCUUCCACAACGAGCAUUUCGUAUCAUUUUAAUUUGUGAAGAAUUAUUGUACCAAAUAAAAAUAAUUUAUUUCUAUUGAACUAUCACACAAAAUAUAAUAUUAUUUGCUUGA